CAACCAAAAGCCCAACUGCGCAAACGUCUCUAUAGAACUCGGAACUUGUGUUGUCUAGUGUGGCCGAAUAGGAACCGAAGAUGAAGUCGUUCGUAGUUGUUGCCGCCAUCUUGGCCACCGUUGCAGCCGCACCGUACCAGCUGAUUCUGCUGGAUGAAGCCGACCUGCCGAUCGCACCGAUCCGUGUGGUUCGCGCUGCCAAUGGUGGUGAAUUGAGCGGAAGCGCGGCCAACGCCGGUGCCCAAUCGUUCAAUCAGGGCGGUGGUUUCGGAGGAUUCCCGGGACACGGUGGCUUCGGAGGGCUCUCCGGAUCGGCUGCCAACGCCGGGUCUCAGUCGUUCACCUCAGGAGGUGGUGGUGGCGGCCAUGGCGGUGGCUUCCCCGGGUUCGGAGGCUUCUCGGGAUCGGCGGCCAACGCUGGUGCUCAGUCGUUCAACCAGGGCGGUGGUGGUGGCCAUGGAGGACACGGUGGACUGUCCGGUUCGGCUGCUUCGGCUGGUAGCCAGUCGUUCACCCAGGGUGGUGGCCACGGAGGCCAUGGAUUCCCCGGGUUCGGUGGCUUCUCCGGAUCUGCUGCUAACGCUGCCUCGCAAUCGUUCACUCAAGGUGGUGGCCACGGUGGGUUCGGUGGUGGUUUGGCUGGCUCGGCUGCCAACGCCGGUGCCCAGUCCAUCGUCGCGCACUGAAACCCAGCCUCGCCCUCUGGUCGAACGGAGAGGUGAUUGAUCAGCAAACUCCAGCAACAAGUACAAACACCGGGCGGACGAACACCGGGAAAGCGAACGGGCUUCAUCUUCAUCAAUACUCCUCAGCAGUCUAUUUGUGAUAUUGACAACGACAACCUGAACACCACGGAAAAGAAUGUCCCAGCUUGGGACACUAACAGUAUUCGAAAAAAAACAAGGAAAACAAAAACGCGAAUAAAAUAACAAACG